AUGCCAUCUCAAACAGAGCGUGGCUUAUUCGUACUGACGCGUACUAUGUCGAGAAGUUGGAAAACUAGAUGCUGCCAAUCCACUCAGCUGGACACGGAAGAACUUCAAGAGAGUGAUGUGUCCGAGUCUAUGCAACCUGUCCCAACUGCGAGAAAUAAAAAUAUAAUCAAGAAAAAAGGAUUCAAAUAUGGACUAGUAGAGAUAGAUCACGUCAAGGGUAGACGAUUUGGUUUGGGUAUUAAGACUCACAAAGAUCAAGUAGUUGUUAGCAAAUCACAAAAAGAUUCAAUAUGUGAUAAUAUAGUAAAACGAUUGGAUCGUAUAAUAGAUGUUAAUGGAACGCAAGUAGCAGAUAGGGAUGUUUGUCGAGAAAUGUUGGUGAAAUCCCUUCAGAGAACAGGUACAGUUAACUUGGUGAUCGAACGACCGGUAGAGAAAGAAGCCAUCGAAGCCAUGGAGAAGUUUCUUGCCGAAGCCGGUGGACAGUCAGCAGCUACAUCACCAGUGCGGGAUAUGAACACAAAGUCAAAGCCGGUGGAGCCUAAUCAUUUGCUUAAAGAACUUAGAAAUAGUAGCUUCAAGAAGACAGAUAGAAGCAAGCGUAAGAGUAGUGAUAGCGGUAAGCAGUCUGGACCACCAUCUUCUGAAGAUCUGGAUAACUUGCGCGAAGUUUGCAAGGUUGCUGCACAGCGUCAUUUGAUUUCAUCUGAAUAUGUCAACGCAAAAACUAGAAGAUCACCAUCCGACUCUCCAAAGAAAGGAAAAAUGGAGCUACCGUCAUUUAAUAUACUGAAAAAAGGCAGUAAACUUAAAGCGAACUUUGCAGAAAAUUGCCCUAAGGCGCAAGUGAAAAUUCAUGGAUAG